AUGCACCCUGUGAGCGCAUUCGCGUUGGGCCGUGGCGCCACCCGCGCUACCGCUCAGUGCUCACAUGCGCGUGUAUUGAAUCAAUUCAGGGGUUUUACUACGGCGCCGAUUGUGCUGGCCAAAGCGGCUGCGCCGAAGAAAAAAGUCGCUGUGCGCAAAGGAAUGACUGCGCAGCGCAGCACGGGCGGGCGCCGGAAAGGUGGUGUUGACACUGCAUCCUCGCUUACCAAGUCGACAUCGCACUACCAGCGUGCACCGGAUAUGGCCGAUCUCGCAGCGCUGGAUGCUACAGCCAUCGCGUCGGAGGCGGUAGGAACGCCUGUCGCAUGGUCGGCCAAGGUAUUAGGCGCGAUGGAAGCGUUUCAGAUUCCACGCGCGCUGGAACGGAAGCAGAAACUGCAGCCGCGACCGCGCAGCUUAGUGCGUGACCAGAGCGUCACGCUGAUCGAGCUGUUGAAGCAAGGCAAAACGCAGGACGCAGCGCGGCAUUUGCUUGUUGGAGAGCCUGGGUGCGGUAAGUCCACAUAUCUUUUGCAAGCACUUGCACAUGCACUAGAAGACGGUUGGGCUGUGGUGUAUAUUCCUCGCACUAUCGACAUGGUGAACUCUUCUUCUCCGUACGUCUACAGCAGCGUACUGCAGACCUACUUGCAGCCUGAAAUUACCAACGCACUUUUGACCGCCAUCGGGAAAGUGAACAAUGAAGUGCUGAAAAAACUGAAGAGCAUCGCGCCGCUCACUGUGGAAGGCCACGAACUUUUUCCAAAACACACCUCGCUUACAACGCUGGUGAGCAAGGUGCUUGCAGAGCAUACCAACCCUCUCGCGCGCCAGCUUGCGCUAGAGCUCGUGUUCAAUACACUUGCGCAGCAGACAGAGGUACCAGUUUUGGUCGCUAUUGAUGAUGUGCAGGCGCUCUUUGCCCCGUCGCAAUAUCGCGACGCAGACUUUACGCAGCUGCAGUCGUACGAGCUGGCCGUCCCGCGCAGUCUUCUCUCGCUAUUUCUCACAUCGAAAAAGGGGAUCCAGCGUGGCGCCUUGCUUGCCACUGUGGGCAUGGCACACUCCGAGUACCCCGCGCCUGCACCGCUGCUCGCAGCCGUGCGCGCUGCGUCGUCCAGGCGCGACGCAGCCGUGCCUUGGGCGCGCAUUUUGCAAACUUUUUCAUCUCCUACAUCACCGACACGCGUCGAAGAGCCGCAUGCGUACACACCUAUGGAUGCACAGCACCUGCAGAACGCGACAGAUGCGCAUUUCGCCCCGCUAGACGUUGGUGCACGACUCACGCGCGCCGAGGCUUCUUCACUGCUCGACUUAAUGCGCCGAGAACAGGUCCUCUGGUCGCCACCGAACGACGAACUCUUUGUGUCCAAGCUGAUGGAGAGCAAUGGCAACAUUUGCGUAUUCGAGCGCAGCUGGCGCGCCACGUUGGUGUAG